GGAGCGGCCGCCCCUGCCCGCAGGCUGCGUGGGGAAGCGGGGAGCGAAGGGGCCGCGCGGCUCGGCAGAGCUGGAGCCGCGCGGCGGCGCGGGGGGAUGCGGGGCGCGGGGGCCGCGGCGCUGCAGCUCCUCUCCCGGGCCGUGAAGCAGGCGGCGGCGCAGGGCGCCCGGCAGGACCUGGGCCGCUGGCUGUCCCGAGCCGGCAGCGGCGGGGACACCGUCGGCUUCGUCCCCGCGGAGGCGGCGGGGGCCGGCGGGCUGCUGCUCGGGCCCUACGCGGAGCAGGACGGGCUGCCGCCGGCCGAGCUACUGCUCUGCCAGCUGCCCGAGGCGGGCGGCGGCGGGCACGGGCUGGCCGAGGGCCGGGGCUGGCGCUGCUCCUGCUGCCUCUUGGGCACCUGCUGGUGCAAGAGCUGCCUCAUCGUGUGCGUCCUGGCCGCCCUCUGCUUCGCCUCGCUGGCCCUGGUGCGCCAGUACCUGCGGGACCUGCUGCUCUGGGCCGAGAGCCUGGACAGCCUGGCCGGCGUGCUGCUCUUCACCGUGGGCUUCAUCGUCGUGUCAUUCCCCUGCGGCUGGGGCUACAUCCUGCUCAACGUGGCCGCCGGUUACCUCUACGGCUUCAUGAUGGGCAUGGGGCUCAUGGUGCUCGGCGUCCUCGUCGGCACCUUUGUCGCCCACGUGGCCUGCAAGCGGCUGCUGGCCCGCUGGGCACGGACCAGGAUCCAGGGCAGCGGGACGCUCAGUGCCAUCGUCCGCGUCGUGGAGGGCGGCAGUGGCCUCAAGGUGGUGGCUCUGGCGCGGCUGACGCCGAUCCCCUUCGGGCUGCAGAAUGCCGUCUUCGCGCACACCUUCCCUCCCCUGUCUGCUGUUCCGAUCCUGUUCCCUUCUGAAGGCUUGCUUAAUUUUGACAGAAUCAUCUGGCUGCUUUUAAUUACAGAUUUGUCACUACCCAACUACCUGAUGGCUUCUUCAAUUGGGCUGCUUCCUACUCAGCUCCUGAACUCAUACUUGGGCACUACCUUGCGCACCAUGGAGGAUGUGAUUGCAGAGCAAAGUGUUAGUGGCUAUUUUAUAUUUGGGUUCCAGAUUGUCAUAAGCAUAGGACUCAUGUUUUAUGUCGUUCACCGAGCUCAAGUGGAACUGAAUGCAGCUAUUGUAGCGUGUGAAAUGGAAAUGAAGACAUCGCUUGUUAAAGACAGUCAGCCAAGCCUCACUGGUUCAACCACAUACUGCAGCAAAAGGACAGUAGCAUUCGCUGGAGGAGGUGUCAAUAUUGUGUGAUUUCAAGUAUUAAUAAUUAAGUAAGGUUUUGUGAACCUGAGCUAUCACCUAGAAAUAUCUAUGGACAAUUGAAAUAGAUUUUUUUAAAAAAUUGCAAGUGAUUACAGGUUGUACUGUGGCACAAAUCAACUGACCAGCUUUUCAAUUGCACAGGGGUGACUUCUAGCAAGAAAAGGAAGAUGGCAAAGUAACUUAAGAUGUAAAUGCAAAUUUGGCUGCACCUUUGGUCAUUUAUUAUGCCUGUCAUGGCCUGUAGCCUGCACUUUAGUUUUUUUUUCCUUUGCUCCUAUAAACUGAGAAAUGCUUCUAUAAACUGAGAAAGGUAGCACAGAGGUAAAUAUUUUUCUGCUUAGCAUUAUUUAUAAGGCUGAAUAACUAUAUGCAGUAGAAUUUGAUUACUGAUAAAGAUGAAUGAGAAGGUGUGCAAUUCAGUGUGUUAUUCUUGAAUGUGCUUUUGAUUUGGAAUUGCUUCCAGAAGUUGGAGUGUAUUAUUUAGCUAAUGAUGGGACCAUUUGGCUUUUUCUUCAUUUUGAUUUAAAAAAAUAGAAUCCUAUAUAAAGUUUUGGUUGAAUGUAUUUUUCUAAGGCAUUACAAAUAUUGCAGAGCCAUUAUGUAUUCACACAAGCUUAAAUCCUACAUUGUGGGACUGAAGUGCUCUUAAAUUACAUUUUAAGUUACACUGUGUAAUAUGCAAAGUACAAGGGAAAAUGCAGAAGUUAGAUUGCAGUGACUAUUUGAAGGAGACUUCAUUGGUUUUGCCACCUUGGUGAUUGUAACAAAGGGCUGUUCCACGUUAGUCCUAUUUAUAGUAUUUUUAAUUGCUAAAAGGAUGGAGUUUUUCAGCUCGCAUGACUACAGGUAGUAAGAUUUCCAGAACAGAGAGCUAAAUCUCUCCUUUAAACAGAAUGAUGGGAUACUGGCAGUACUAAUUUUACAAGAAGGUGGCCUUUAUUUUGUAAGUGAAUCUCCCCUCCCUUUAAAAAGCUUUAAAAAUUCGCUUUGGUUGGCACGUUUUUUGUACAAGUUUUACAUUUUUUAAAAGACGCAAUCUAUUACAAAUUUCAUCAGAGUGAAGAAAUGAAAACUAGAGAUUCUCCUUGGAAAAUAAAUAAUCCAGUAAUGGAGGAGGACAGCAAUGUCUCUGAGACUCAGGAAUUCUGACUCCAUUUUUGCAAGACAACACUGUAUUGGAUACUGCUCCUUUUACACGUGCCGUGGACUGUUUUUCACUGAGUUUGAAUAGACUGGAUAACCUGAUAGUAACUUGUGUGUGUAUAAAAGGAAAACAACAAUAAUGGCUGAACACAAUGUUCUGUAUGUGUGAUUUCAUGUAGAUAUACAUAGCAAUGUUCAAUUGCUCAAACACAGGCAAGUCAUCUGAUACAAAAAUAAUGUAAAGUAUUGCUUAUUUUGUAGUUAUUUUGUGUGAGUUUUUAAGGAUGCCUUCAGGCUUCAAGACUUUGUGUUAUUUUCUAACAGUACGACUGUGCCUCCUUUUUGUAAGGUUGUUUGUAGGGUCCAAACAUUUUUUCUUCUUCAGAAUAGCAGGUCUUCAAGGUUAUUGGGAAUAGGAGGUCUGGUAGCCUCUAACAGCCUUACUGAGAGGACGUGUGGCAGUCGUGUAACUGGACAUCUACGCAUUCUGUCGUAGUGGAAGUUCCAUUUUGUUCUUUAAAUUUGUGUCCUUUGCAGACUGGUAUUCUUGGGUCUUGUGACCUAAGGAACUGAACUAGUUAAAUGAAAACAACAAAGUUCAGAUUGUCUCCUUUCUGUUGUUUUGGGGUUUUGGUUUUUUUGGGGUUUUUUUGGUUGUUUGGUUGGUUUUUGUUUGGUUGGUUUUUGAAAAGGCAAUCUAUAUACAGCUGGAAGUGUUCAUUUACACAUCUCUGCCUCUGACAGCUCCUGUGUGAAAACAAGAGAACCAGAUAACUUUUUGAUGGCGUUAUUUGUCAUCAUGGUGUAAUUAAAUUAAGUCUUUUCUUAACUGAAGGGUGGUUUUUUUUGUUUGUUUGUUUUUCUUUCUUCUAAAGAGCAAUCCUUCAAUAAUGAACUGAUCUGAACUUUGCUCCAUCUUGCCAAAUGAAAUAGUGUUUUGAAGAGGGUAUCUCUUUCUUUGCAUUUUUUAACUAACUUAAAGUUGCGUUGAUUAUUCGAGACAUUUCCCAAAUACGUAUUUUGAAGUGCUUUUAUUUCCAUGACAUUUUGUAACCAGAGUAACUUCACUAUGUGAACACUUUUGUAGUAUGAAAUUAGUUCUUAAGACUUUUGCAUUUUGCUUGAUACUUGUAAUAUUUGUGUACAAGUUAAUGGGAAAUGUGCAUUAAAAGGAACUUUUCUGUACCAUGCCAAUCAUAGUUUUAUACAAUAAAUUCACUCAAAUUUCUUUAAA